AGCGAACGGAACACGUGAGCAGUGAUUCCUUUGAGGAGGACGGUUCUGUGGUUUCCUUUCUUUUUCCUCUUCAACAAUGUCUAAGGUGAAUCAUCUGAGAGAGUUUAUCGGUCAGCGACUAACAGCAGCUGCUGUAGAAAUAUUCUCAGUGUUUGAAAAAACCAUGUUGGAGUUUGAAGAAGAGCUCGACCGUCAGCGCAGACUGUUGGACCUCGUCCUGAAACCUGAAAUCAGACUCCACAGAGUCGAACUCCCACAAGAAAAUGUUUGUAAGGUGGAGGAGGACGGGGUUUUCAGUGACCAGCACCUCGAUAGCCUGGAGAGGAGCUGCAGCCCGGACCAGGAGGAACCAGAGAGGAGCUGCAGCCCGGACCAGGAGGAACCAGAGAGGAGCUGCAGCCCGGACCAGGAGGAACCAGAGAGGAGCUGCAGCCCGGACCAGGAGGAACCAGGGCAUCCACAGACUACAGAACUGGAGGAAGACUCCAGCGGUCAGGAGAUGAAGCACGAGGACGUAGAGGUGGAUGUCUCAUUGGUCAAUGUCGCUGAUGUGAAAGUUGAAAAUGGUGAACCAGGACCAAACUGUGGCCAGCUGCUGUUGCACACUUCUCCUGAAGCUCAAAACAAAGAUGAGGAAGGGACUGAAAGUUUACGCUCAGACUCACGACACGGUGACCACGAAGAUGCUGCUGUCCCGUCAGACAGCAACUGUAAAUCAAAGCUGAUCAGGACCCAUACGGGGAAGAAGGCGUUUUCUUGCAGCACUUGCCGGAAAGAGUUCAGUAAAAGUAGUAUUUUAAUGGAUCACAUGAACACCUGCGGCAACGCCUUUAUUAAAUUAUCACAUCUUAAACGCCACAUAACCCGGCACACGGGCGAGAAGCCCUACAUCUGCAAAACAUGUGGAAAAAGUUACACAGAACGUUCCAGUCUGGUGAUUCACUUGAGGACCCACACCGGCGAAAGGCCGUACCUGUGCAACACCUGCGGAAAAACCUUUAUUGACUCAUCAGCUCUUAAACGCCACAUAAUCACGCACACGGGCGAGAAGCCCUACAUCUGCAAAACGUGUGGAAAGAGUUACAGGCAACGUUCUAGCCUGGUGGUUCACUCGAGGAUCCACACUGGUGAAAGGCCGUACCUGUGCAACACCUGCGGCAAAACCUUUACUAGAUUAUCAGAACUUAAAAGCCACAUAAGCACACACACGGGCGAGAAGUAUUUGUGCAAGACGUGCAACAAGGGUUUUAGCCGCAGAAUUGAUUUGCUGAGUCACAUGAAAAAUCACCCGGAGGAGAAGUCUGGUGACUCGUGACAAAUGAAGGUCAUGUUGUCGUCCUCCGGGGGCAGCUGUCCACUCCUGUCUGACCCACAGAAGAAGAACCAGAGAAGUCCAACCACCAC